UUGUCGCGCGGGCCCCAUCGCCGGCGGCCUCCUCCGCCCGCCGAGCGCGCUCCCGCGAGAACCCGGCGAGCCGGCCGUGCGUUCCGAGUCGCCGCCGUCGCCGCCGGUCCCCGGGGCCGGCGCUUCCAGGCCGGGCUGGACGGGCACCUCCCGCCCGUCGAGGCAACCGCCGCCUACCCGCGUGUGUGGAAGGAGCCGCCGCCGCCGCCGCUGGUGCAGACCGCGGAAGAGUCCGGGCGCCCGAGACAUGGGGAACAUCCCGCCGCGCUGCGAGAACAGGUUUCGGUCACUUCCGUCGUCGGAACCCCGUCACCGGCAGCCGCGCUAGUUUCGGCGCCCGGAGCCUGGCGGGGACGGCUAGGAGUCCGGCCCGAGACGCGGCCGAGGCUGCGACCACGACCGCCCGGCAGCCCCAGAUGGAGAGCGGAGCCUAGCGGGCCGGGCCCAGCCCGGCGGCGGGGACUUGCAGGCCCCCGAGACCCGGCGGAGGAGCCGACACCCAGCCCCGAGCCAAUCCCUCCCCGGUCCCGGAGGAACUCCCGGGCGCCCUUCCCCGCGGCUCGCCGACUUCCCUCCGUGACGAAGUUUUCUCCUGUGCCUUCCCGAGGAGGAUCAGUCUUUAGCUCUAGGACGCGCCUUCUGGCGGACUUGCUUCGUUUGCUUUGGGAGAGUUGAGCCUGGUCCCGGAGCGCCGGGGGUGGGGUGGCGUCAGCUGUAAGAUGCAAACUGGAUAAAAGGAGGACCUCUCGCCAAGGGCCCCAAUGAAUGGCACACAGUCUACUAUCACCGACGGGGAUCGGUAACAUUCAAAGAUGUGACUAUGGCCUUUACCAAGAAGGAAUGGGAGCAACUAGAUCCUGCUCAAAAGAGCCUGUACAAGGAUGUGAUGCUGGAGAAUUACAGCAACCUAGCCUCAAUGGGGUAUCAAGCUCUCAAACCACACAUGAUAUCCAAGUUGGGAAAAGAAGAGCCAUGGCUGGGGAAGGGGAAAAGACCCAGACAAGGUGGUCUGAGUGAAAUAGCAAGACCCAAGGGAAUAGGAGCCAAUGGAAAAGAAGUCCAGCAAGAUGAUGACCAGCUAGAGAACCACCAGGAAUCUCAAAACAAACUCCUUAGGGAAGUUGCUUUCAAGAAAACAACUCUGACUAAGAAAAAGGGCCAUGAAUGUAGUUCAUUGGGGAAAAAAAAUGUGAGUACAAAAUAUGUUCCUUCAAAAAAAAAGCUUCUUAAAUUUGAUUCACAUGGAAAGAAUUUAGACUUACCUGGUCAUGUAAGAAAUUACGUAGAAAAGAAACCUGAUGUAGCUAAAGAGCAUACGAAAUCAUUCAGCCAUAGCUUAUCUGAUACAAAGAAAGACAAAAAUCAAACUGGAAAAAAAUGUGAGAAAUUACCCAACCAUAGCUCAUCUAAUAGGCCUGACAAAACUCAAACUGGCAAGAAACAUACUGAACGGGACAAAAUUCAAACUGGAGAAAAACAUAAGGAAUCAUCCAGCCAUAGCUCAUCUCCUACUAAGCGUGACAAAACUCAAAAUAAAGUGAAACCAUAUGAAUGUAAUGAAUGUGGGAAGGUUCUCAGCCACAAACAAGGACUCGUUGACCAUCAGAGAAUUCAUACAGGUGAGAAACCAUAUGAAUGUAAUGAAUGUGGGAUAGCCUUUAGCCAAAAAUCACACCUUGUUGUACACCAGAGAACUCACACUGGAGAAAAACCAUAUGAGUGUAUUCAGUGUGGCAAAGCCCAUGGUCAUAAACAUGCCCUCACUGACCAUCUGAGAGUUCAUACUGGGGAAAAGCCCUAUGAGUGUACUGAAUGUGGGAAAACCUUCAGACAUAGCUCAAACCUUAUUCAACAUGUGAGAUCUCAUACAGGCGAGAAGCCCUAUGAAUGUAAGGAAUGUGGAAAGUCCUUUAGGUAUAACUCAUCUCUUACGGAACAUGUGAGAACUCAUACAGGUGAAAUACCAUAUGAAUGUAAUGAAUGUGGAAAAGCCUUUAAGUAUAGCUCAUCCCUUACUAAACAUAUGAGAAUUCAUACAGGUGAGAAACCCUUUCAAUGUAGUGAAUGUGGGAAAGCUUUCAGCAAGAAGUCACACCUCAUUAUACAUCAAAGAACUCAUACUAAAGAGAAACCCUAUAAAUGUAAUGAAUGUGGAAAAGCCUUUGGACAUAGCUCAUCUCUUACUUACCAUAUGAGAACUCAUACAGGUGAAAGUCCUUUUGAAUGCAAUCAGUGUGGGAAAGCUUUCAAGCAAAUUGAAGGUCUUACUCAACAUCAGAGAGUUCAUACUGGGGAGAAGCCCUAUGAAUGUAAUGAAUGUGGGAAAGCCUUUACCCAAAAGUCACACCUCAUUGUACAUCAGAGAACUCAUACUGGGGAGAAACCCUAUGAAUGUAAUGAAUGUGGAAAAGCGUUCAAUGCAAAGUCACAACUUGUUAUACAUCAGAGAUCCCACAGUGGAGAGAAACCUUAUGAAUGUAAUGAAUGUGGAAAAGCCUUCAAACAAAAUGCAUCCCUUACUAAACAUAUGAAAACUCAUUCAGAAGAGAAAUCUCAUGAGUGAAAUUAGUGUGGGAAAUCUGAACUAAAGGUUUUAUUUAACCUUAGAAGUAUUCUAACUUUAAAGAAUAUUAGAAAGCUUUUAACAAGAAGUCACACCUUGUUACACAUGUGAGAAUUUGAAAAUGAAUCAUCACAUGGAAGAAGUGGAUGGAGAGUUUAAACCUUUUAUAUAAAAUAUUGUUUUAAAAAUAAUUAUUAUAAAUGAUCUAUAUAUUCAGAUUGAAUAUAAAGCUUUUAAAAUUGUUAAUAAUUGAAUAAUCAGAGCACUAGAGAAACAAAUUACAUUUUCUGACAAUUCCUGAGUUGCUUGAGGGUUGUGUACUUAAGCACCACAUAUGAGAAUUGAAUUUGCAUAUCUGUUUAUUGCCAUGUAUAAAUAUGUGUGACCAUUGGUAUGAGUUUCAUCUUUGAUGCUAUCAUGCAGCUCUUUCUUAAUGUCUUUGCUAGUCCCUGCAUCAGCAGAAAACUUUAUAAAAGGGUUAUUAUCUAUGUUAAAAAAAUGUUAACACAAAAUUAAGAGAAAAUGAAAGAAAUUAGCUGAGAACACACAGAUACUGGUAGGGAAUGCUAUCCAAGAUAUAUUGUUGAGUGAAAACAGGUUGCUCAACUGUGUAUAUAGUUUGUUCCCACUUGUGUACAAAAGGGUGUGUGUGUUUUCCUGUCUGUCUGUGUGUAUGUAUGUAUGUAUGUAUGUAUGUUUGUAUUUAUACAUAUAUUUAUAUGUGAGUAGAUUGGUUUGAAAAAAUACAAAAGAAACUUAGUGGUUGCCAUUGGGCACAGGACUACAGGAAUAGGGUCUGGGAUGGGAGGGAGACCUCCUUUUUAUUGUAUACUCUUUAAAUUUUUAAAUCAUGUACAUAUAUUAUUUUCACAAUUAAAAUCCUUUUAAUAUGUAUAAAUCAAUACUAAUGAAAAUUUUCACUGAACCCACUCCACGAUGUUAUUUGACAAAGUAAGAAUUUCUAUGCUUAUUCAUGAAUGAGGAUAUGGUAUUAAAUUUGAUAUUGAAUUC